GUAGUGUUGAGUUAGUAGCGAAAUUCCUCUCGAUUUUACCGUUACUUUUUUUAUGACUUUUGCUAUCGUGAUCGAUCGCGAUUCUUGUGACGUUCGGUGGCGUCAUUCGCCGCGGUGCAUUGAAUCGAAUUAAGUGAAUGAAACGCGGUCGUUAAUUGUUGCAAUCAUUGUCGCGCACAGUGCGACCCCCAAAGUGGCCUGGCGUUUGCCCUCGGGGGAAGUGAAUCCGAAUUAACAAACAAAUUCGCUUCGUAAUCGUUCGACGAAGAGGAACUGGUUUUUGGGCUAAUCGGCUUCCGUAGUGUAUCAAAAUGGCAUCGUCUGGAGCUGUUGGUGAUAAGGAUCCGAGCGCGGUUGAAAUCAACAUUGAAACUAUCGGCGCUGAGGUUCCGGAUGCUAGCCGGACCACUGCUCAGGAUAGUGGCCGUGGUCGCCGUCUAAACCCGCCAGCAAAUGGGGCCACCAAUAAUACCAACAACACAGGGCGUCGCAGUCGGUCCAAUAGUCGAUCUCCGGGUCGGCGGACGAAGCGAGACACGGAGAUGUCUCGGACCGAUGCUAUCCCGCUGCUGCCGAUACCGAACGAGGCCAAUCUGCCGCGCCAGCAGCCACCGAUGGCUGGACCGGAACUCGACGAUGAGGAAGGCGACUCGGUGGACAAUGCAGCCGAUUUCGAUCCAAAGGAGCGCGAUCGGGGCAUCGAUAAUGGGUUUCUGGAUCCGAGCGACGAUCGGGUCAGUGGUGGUGGUGGAACGGAACGAGAAGGGGGAGGAGGACGUGGCCGUGCCGAUGGUGGGCGCCGCGUCCCCCAGCCGAGGGCCUUUCCGGACCCAGCGGGAUUCGCUCCGGGUGUUGCAGGAACUGUACUAACCACCGAACGGGGUCAGGUCAUCCCGGAUGUGAACGUGUACCAGCAGAAGAAAAAUCUGGCCCAGGGCAUGAUGGAUCUGGCCCUGCUGUCCGCCAACGCCAACCAGCUGCGGUACGUGCUGGAAACGUACACACGGCACCCGUACUUCUACGUCAACCUGAUCUUCAUCUCGACCAGCAUCAUCGCGCAGGUGGCCGUCGGUAUCGGGCUGAUCUGGAAGAGUCGGUAUAACAUCUGGAACCAGAAUGACUUCUGCAAAGCCGAUCGCCUCAACAAUCUCAUCACGAUCGGCAUCUUUAUCAUCACGAUCGUGAACGUGCUGAUAUCGGCUUUCGGUGUCGCCGAACCACAGACGUCCCGGGUGUGACCCGAAUGGGUCCGUUUUCCGUUCCUUAUGGUGAAUCUCUGUUCCCUUUUACCACCCCACGGUCUAGACAGGUAGCAUUUAG